CGCGGGAGGGAGGGAGAGGGAGCCCCGCCCCCGGCGUCCGUCCAUGUCGCGUGUUGUUUAGACGCGCCAAAAGGCUAAAGGCGAGGCUGGGGCGGGCACAAGCACGAGCACGCGAUCCACCCCGCACACGGCAAGCAAGCGGAGGCAAAGGCGAAGGCGAGGCUACCCCCUCCCCCGGCUCGUGCUCGCCCCGCGCCCCCGCUCCAAAAGAUCUGCUGGUGACUCGCUGCGCGGGCCGCGAUGAGCUGCGGGGGGCAGGCCGGCGGGUGGCUGCUGGACUACGGGCUGGUGGAGGAGGAGAUCCAGGGCUCCGAGUUCAUCUACAUGGUCGACGACCCGGCCGUCUCCAGCGUGAUACUGGGGUUCGAUGCUCCCAGGAAGGAGGACGGCGUCCAGGACAACCCCGCCGCUAAGAAGAGAUCCCGCCCGGAGUCCAGCGCCCCGCCCGGCACUAAGGCUUGCCGUGAAAAGCUCCGGCGAGACAGGCUCAACGAGAGGUUCAACGAGCUCUGUGCCAUCCUGGAGCCCGGCAAGCCGCCCAAGGCCGACAAAGUUGCCAUUCUAAGCGACGCUGCCCGCCUCCUGAGCCAGCUGCGUGCUGAGGCCCAGAAGCUGAAGCAGUCAAAUGAAUCGCUCCAGGACUCCAUCAAGAGCCUCAAGGCUGAGAAGUCCGAGCUGCGCGACGAGAAGACGAAGCUGAAGGCCGAGAGGGAGAGGCUGGAGCAGAUGCUCAAGGGCGUCGGCGCCGCGGCCGCCCCGGCGCCCUUCGUCCCGCACCCGGCACCGUCGUUCCACCCGGCUGCGUUUGCCCAGGCCGGCAAGUUCGUCCCGUACCCCAGCUACCCGCCGCCGGCCGCGUUCUGGCAGUGGAUACCGCCGACGUCCCUGGACACGUCCAAGGACCCCGCGCACUGGCCGCCGGUCGCGUAGUCGGCCAGCUGGUCGUGGCAUCAUUGCUCGGUGAUGCAUCGCCGCGUGUACUGGGCUUGCUCGCGGUGUAGAAUUUGACCGAGGCACGCCUGAAGAAAACUUCGGGGGUUGCUGAUUGUGUAGCAGUGUUUGUGCUUGUGUCGUGGAUAAAGAUCAGUGAGUGACGGGAUAUACUAAAAUUCAGCUGAUCAUUGCCGAUUGGAGAAGUCUAUGUAACAGCCCUAACUUUAAAGCAAUGAAGGUGAUAUGAUUAAACCA